AUGAAGAAGGCAAGGCAGCCGUUGGGUUUUUGCAGGUGGAUGAAGAUGAAGAAGGCAAGGCAGCCGUUGGGUUUUUGCAGGUGGAUGAAGAUGAAGAAGGCAUAGGUGUUGGGUUCGAUUUUGAACCCAGCAAGCAAUCGAACCUAGCAUCAAACCCAGCAGCUGCUGGGUUCCUGCAGUGCUGGGUUCGAUUUCGAACCCAGCAGGCACUGUGUUCAAGUUGGGUUCCUGCAGGUGCUGGGUUCGAAGGUGCUGGGUUUGAUUUCAAACCCAAUAGGCACUGGGUUUCGUUUCUAACCCAUGGAUCUGUUGAGUUCCAUUUGUUUCAAACUCAGCAGUUGUUGGGUCAAUGGAUUUGUUGAGUUCGAUCUAUUUAUGGAUUUGUUAUCUGUUGUGUUAUUAUCAUAUUCUUGCAGGUGCUAGAUUCGAUUUUAAACCUAGCAAGUGUUGGGUUUUGUUUCCAACCCAACUGCAGUUGGAUUGAAGGAUCUAUUGAUUUCUAUUUGUUAGUUUGUUGUGUUAUUCUCGAAUUUAAUAUUAGAAAAUGUUAGGGUUUGCAGAAGGUGAAAGGAAAGGGAGAGGAAGAAGAAAGGGAAAAAAGAAAAACAAAGAAAGAAAAAAAAAGAAGAAAAAUUUUAAAGUAAU